AUGGACGCAAUCAUUGCUCAGAUUCAAGCCCUCGCGCAAGACACCGAUGAAGCUGGUCGGUUGAACAUCAUUCAGUCUCUGCAAAGAGUGAAAGUUGAACUUCAAUCUCCACAGGACACUUUCAUGGAGCUUGCGGUACCGGGGCUAACGAGUGCGAUGCUCCGAAUUAGUGCAGAUUUGGGACUCCUUCGCUCUCUCGCAAAAAGCGAUGUGUCCUUGACUGUCACGCAAAUUGCGGCGCUGAGCAGAGCGUCUCCUGCAUUCCUAGAGAGAAUCCUUCGUUACCUAGCCGCGACCCACAUGAUUAAAGAGACCGGAAUUAACGAGUACUUUGCAAACAGCAUAACUCAUGUUUUGGCGGACCCUAAGGGUGAGGCCAUGAUAUACCACGGAUUUGACAUGAUUGGACCUGCCGUGCAAGCAAUGCCUGCCUUCUUCGCUGAAAGCAACUAUCAAGAUGUCACCGUCAAUACCAACACUCCAUUCCAGAAAGCCCACAAUACUAAACUCACCUCAUUCGAGUGGCUUGUCCAGCAGCCAAAGCACUUCGACAACCUACAAAAGAUCAUGACUGCACUUCAAGGGUCAGAAUGGACCGAGGGAUUCACUCUUCUUAACGAUGAAGCCCGUAAGGUUCCAUUCAAGGGCUCAUCCACCAUACAGGCUUCGGAGAAACCCUUCUUCGUCGACGUUGGUGGCGGCCAUGGCCAUCAAUGUAUUGAGCUGGGAAAGAAGUAUCCCAAUCUUCUAGGUCACCUUGUUCUGCAGGACUUGCCAGAGGCAGUGAAAAAUCUCGCUCCCAUCGAUGGUGUGAAGGCUGAAGCCUAUGACUUUUUCCAAACGCAGCCUAUCAUUGGGGCCAAGUUCUACUACCUCCGCAGAAUCAUGCAUGAUUGGCCCGACCACAAAGCCGCAACGAUCCUCCGCAAUAUUCGCGCGGCCAUGGGCCCCGACUCGCGGGUCUUGAUUGAUGAUGCUGUGUUGCCGGAUACUGGCGCUAACUGGCAAUCAGCCCUGGCUGAUCUUGCCAUGAUGACCUUUGCUGGUAAAGAGCGGACCAGGCAUCAGUGGGAGUCGCUCGCAGAAAGUGCGGGCUUGCAUGUGGAACAGAUUCAUACAUAUGUCGCUUCAGCUUAUACUGCUAUUCUCGUUUUGGCCGCCCAGUGA